GGUAGUUGCCGUCUGCGUUCGGUUCGUAUUAGGUAGCUCUCUGCUUCAGACAAACCACAGCUAAUGCCAAUUAGGGUUUUUGGUAACGAUCUUGGUAGGAGCCCAAGGUUUAAAGGUGUGGAGACUGAUUCUUUUGAGUCUUAUAAGGGGCCCCUGCAGAUUGCUGUUCAGGUACGUUGGCAAGACCAUGAGGAUAGUAAAGAAAAAUGCUUGUUCCAAUCCUAUUCUCUAGAAUAACUCCAUCCCUAAGGCUGCCAAUUAAUGCCUUGCACUUAAAUUAAUGGCACUAAUACAACCACCGGGAGCAAGAGAAGGGAGAGCGGAGAACAGCUGGAAUUGGCUCACAAUCCUGUGAUGAAUGAAACCAUUUCUUUAGCGCACAGUCUUGUCAUCAAGCUAAACGGAUGCUUCCUUACAUUUCUCUAAAGAAUUUGCUUAUGCGCUCACACAGUGGGACCCAGAUCCUGACUUGGGCUUCUGGCCACAGCUAUAUAAUAAAUUAAAAUACAGUGUAAAGCAUACACUGCUCUUGCAUUAAGGUGUUCGUGUAUGUUUUGCUUGCUUUCGCAAUUUCUGCAGCAUAUUAUUGCAGCAUUGUUUCCAAAAAUGUUUGUUUUUUGUGUAGUGGCUAAUCCAGAUUUACGCAGGGGAUUUAGUAGAACAAACUGCUCUCUUCUUUUUGCCUAAUGACCAGCUGUCCUCCCGUUCCAGUAAUAUUCUGUGAGCCUGCUUCACUCGCCAGUCUGUUGGCUGGAGGCAGUGUUUGCUCUCCGCUAACUUUUAUGCGCUGCCAGGCUAGCACAAGUGGUAAAAUACUUGAUGCAAGCAGGAACUUAUCCAAAAUUGAAAUACCAGUCAACCCAGUAGGGUGAGAUUCUCACCCAAUCUGGAAAUAUUUGUGAUGUGGUGAAAAUGAAAUACUUUCUGCAGUUUGGAAAAUAGUAGGAGCUGCUCCAUUGGAAUGGUCUGUAAGGAAAAGCUGCCUUUUUAUCCCCAAAAGCUCCAUCAGUUCAUAAUUAGAGGGUUUACCUAAGUUUCAUCUAAACAUCAUGGGAGAGAUUAAAGUCUCUCCUGACUAUAACUGGUUCAGAAGUACAGUUCCUCUUAAAAAGAUCAUAGUAGAUGAUGAUGACAGCAAAGUUUGGUCGUUAUAUGAUGCAGGACCCAAGAGCAUCCGGUGCCCCCUCAUAUUUCUUCCACCUGUAAGUGGAACUGCAGAUGUGUUUUUCCAGCAGAUCUUGGCCCUGACUGGAUGGGGUUACAGAGUUAUUGCUUUGCAGUAUCCAGUGUAUUGGGACCACCUUGAGUUCUGCGAUGGAUUCAGAAAACUGCUAGACCACCUGCAGCUGGAUAAAGUCCAUCUUUUUGGGGCUUCUUUGGGAGGCUUUUUGGCUCAAAAAUUUGCUGAAUACGCAUACAAGUCUCCCAGAGUUCAGUCGUUGAUCCUUUGUAAUGCCUUCAGUGACACCUCUAUAUUUAACCAGACAUGGACUGCAAACAGUUUUUGGCUAAUGCCUGCAUUUAUGCUGAAGAAAAUUGUUCUUGGAAACUUUGCAUCUGGUCCUGUUGAUCCUGAAAUGGCAGAUGGAAUUGAUUUCAUGGUUGACAGGCUGGAAAGUCUGGGCCAGAGUGAGUUAGCUUCGAGACUUACCCUUAAUUGCCAGAACUCCUAUGUGGAACCUCAUAAAAUUCGAGACAUUCCUGUAACUAUUAUGGAUGUGUUUGACCAGAGUGCACUUUCAACUGAAGCUAAGGAGGAAAUGUAUAAGCUAUACCCCAAUGCCAGAAGAGCCCACCUCAAAACAGGGGGCAACUUCCCUUACCUCUGUAGAAGUGCUGAAGUCAAUCUCUAUAUCCAAAUACAUUUACUGCAAUUCCACGGGACACGAUAUGCAGCUAUUGACCCCUCUAUGGUUAGUGCAGAAGAACUGGAAGUCCAGAAGGUCAAUCUACACAUCAGCAGUGAGCCAGAAGAGCAGUAACUUCGUGACUGUCAGCUUGGUGGUCUUCCUGUGUACAAUCAACUGUUUCCACUCUGCCUUUUUUUUUUUUUUUCUCCUCCUCCUUACAUUUACCGGUUAUCACUGUGUAACUCCAACAGAACUGAGCUAUUCAAUGAAAUACAGCUGAAGACAGUUGACUACAACAGUGUAACAGGAUAGUUUUGUUUAACUUUUAGUCUCUGAAUUUAAGGAAGUAUCUUUGAAGACUACACUUUUAAAAAUUGAGACACAUUUUUGCUACCAAAUCUUCACUGUCUUGUUCUUAAAAGGAACAGUAUUUCGUUUUAUAUUUUCAUUUAGCUGUAUAUAUUGCAUAAGCAGGUUGUGUACUUCAGUGCCCGCUCAUGGUUUUGUUGACUACUUGGUUUAAAAAUGAUGAAGUGCCAAUUUUGCCAUCACUUAUUUGCUUUAUAUGUUGAGUUGCAAGUUAGUUACUAUUUCUAACUGAAAUGAAAGCAUUAAAAUUUUUAACUUUCUUGCAAGCUGUAAUAAUGGUUUUCAAUAAAACUUCAGUUUCAACAAGUUGCUUUUUCUUAUUAAACAGAAUUGCUCUAACUUCA